UCCAUUCACCACCACACAACUUCAGCCGGCUCAGCAGACGCGUUCGGCUCCAGCACAUCUUGCUAACCUAAUUCAGAAAACAAGUGCUACCGCUCAGUGCCUGUCGUCUUUGCUCAGGGUAGCAUUUUCAGGUGAUCUAGGAAACGGUUAUUGUUAUGAACAAAUAAGAAAAGCAGGAAUCAUGAUGGGGAUGUAUUUAACAGAUCCAGCACUGGAUAAAACUUAAAAGCCAGUUUCUGUUCAACAUAGUGAAAAGGUCACCUUGCCUGGCUGAGAAAAGCAGCAAAAUACCGGCUUGUUGGUUUGUUAACAUCUUAGCUCCAGCUGGGCUCGUUUUCCUUGAUGUUCGAUCCAGUUUGGGAUAUCUGGCCAUAAAGAGAGACAUACUGUACUCAUGGUAGAUGACAAGGAAAAGAACAUGAAAUGUCUCACCUUCUUCUUGAUGCUUCCAGAGACGGUAAAGAGCAGGUCCAAGAAAAGCUCCAAGAAAGCCAGUAGCAGCGGCAGCAGCAGCGGCAGCAGUGGCAGUGGUGGCGGCAGCAGCAGUGGCGGCAGCAGCACCAAGUUGCCCCCCGUUUGUUAUGAAAUAAUUACAUUAAAGACAAAAAAGAAGAAGAAGAUGGCUGCUGAUAUAUUCCCCCGGAAAAAACCAGCCGGCUCCAGCAGCACCACUGUCCAGCAGUACCACCAGCAGAACCUGAGCAACAACAACCUUAUCCCGGCCCCGAACUGGCAAGGGCUCUAUCCCACCAUCAGAGAAAGAAAUGCGGUGAUGUUCAAUAAUGAUUUGAUGGCAGAUGUACAUUUUGUGGUUGGGCCACCAGGUGGGACUCAGCGGUUGCCAGGACACAAAUAUGUUUUAGCUGUUGGGAGCUCUGUGUUCCAUGCAAUGUUUUAUGGAGAACUUGCUGAGGACAAAGAUGAAAUCCGUAUACCAGAUGUCGAACCUGCUGCUUUUCUUGCUAUGCUGAAAUAUAUCUAUUGUGAUGAGAUUGACUUGGCUGCUGACACAGUCCUGGCCACUCUUUACGCUGCCAAAAAGUACAUCGUCCCUCACCUUGCCAGAGCCUGCGUUAAUUUCCUGGAGACCAGCCUGAGCGCCAAGAACGCCUGUGUGCUCCUGUCCCAGAGCUGCCUGUUCGAAGAGCCAGACCUGACACAGCGCUGCUGGGAGGUGAUCGACGCCCAGGCCGAGUUAGCCCUCAAGUCCGAGGGCUUCUGCGAUAUCGACUUCCAGACUCUGGAAAGUAUUCUCCGCAGGGAGACUCUGAAUGCCAAAGAAAUCGUGGUGUUUGAGGCAGCUCUCAACUGGGCUGAAGUCGAAUGCCAGCGGCAAGAUCUAGCCUUGAGCAUUGAGAAUAAACGCAAAGUCCUGGGAAAGGCACUUUACCUGAUCCGCAUCCCCACAAUGGCCCUUGAUGACUUUGCCAACGGUGCUGCACAGUCCGGAGUAUUAACUCUCAAUGAGACUAACGACAUCUUCCUCUGGUACACCGCAGCCAAAAAGCCCGAGCUGCAGUUUGUGAGUAAAGCCCGCAAGGGCCUUGUUCCCCAGCGCUGUCACCGAUUCCAGUCCUGUGCCUAUCGGAGCAACCAGUGGCGCUACCGGGGCCGCUGUGACAGUAUCCAGUUUGCGGUUGACAAGAGAGUGUUCAUCGCUGGCUUUGGGCUGUACGGCUCCAGCUGUGGCUCUGCGGAAUACAGUGCCAAGAUUGAACUCAAGCGGCAGGGCGUGGUCCUGGGGCAGAACUUGAGCAAGUACUUCUCAGAUGGCUCCAGCAACACCUUCCCUGUGUGGUUUGAAUACCCAGUGCAGAUUGAGCCAGACACCUUCUACACAGCCAGUGUGAUCCUCGAUGGCAAUGAACUCAGCUACUUCGGACAGGAGGGCAUGACGGAAGUGCAGUGUGGCAAAGUGACUGUCCAAUUCCAGUGCUCCUCGGACAGCACUAAUGGCACUGGGGUACAGGGAGGCCAGAUCCCUGAACUUAUAUUCUAUGCUUGAAAACUCCCUUCCUGAAGCAGUGUGAGCUAGAGGUGCGCGUUUGGCCCCUGCUUGCUUGACGCUCGUUAGCUCCUGUGCAAAUGUAUGAUCAGCGCUGGUGAUUCGCAGUGAAUGGAGCAGUAGAAAGCUUUUGAUUUCUUUCAACCUUUCAAUUAUGUACAAGCAAAGAUGCACAGCCGCAUUCCGCUUUUACCUAGAUGCUUCACGGAGCCGAGUCGCUUAGGCCAUGUAGUUUUAGAGCUGUACCACUGGGGGGAUGUUGUGCUUGCUCCUAAAUGCCCCACUGGCCUCCCAGAUUUGCCUCUCUGAAGACAGUUUGGGAUCACCUGGGAUUUCCUUUCAGGUUUUCUUUGAUGAAUAGGAAAGAGCGGAAAUAAUGACAUAUAGAGUUAUUUUAAAGCAGACUCCUUCCCCUCCAGAAAAAACAAACACAAAAAAACAUACAAACCUCAGUGUACAGUUACGAAAGUUUUCCUUUGUAUUAAGUUGCAGUUUAGAAAGUUGAUAGUCGUCAUGUUUGGCUCUUAUUUUUCUCCUUUUAAAUUUGUUACUUCUGGGUCUUGUUUUUUUUUUUUUUUUUUUUUAAUCCUAAAUUCAUAGAAUUGUCCAUUUUAAACACUUCAAAGGAAAAUAAAGAAUUUGAGGCCAUGACCUCUAUUCCGAGCAGAAUUAGCCUUCAUUUAGAAGAAAAAAAAUAUUUAAGUACAUGCUUGUUUUAGAAGCAACUAAAUUCUACGUUUAUCAAUAGACGUUGCACACCUGAUAAUUUAAGCUGAAACUAAAGACAAAUCCUAAAAAUGUCUCAUACUGCAGAUAAUUUAAUUAAUGGCACAUUAGCAUAACAGUUUGAACAAAACCAAACUCUCUUUCUCACCACCUAGCUUUUAAUCCUCACUGUUUGCUUGUUUUUAUAAAUUGCACUGUAUAAAAUUCUCAUUCCCUUUUCCCAUUCCAAGAGGACCAAACAUGACUUCACAGGGAUGGAGCCGCACUUAGUUUUGUAGCACUAUAUGUAAAUGUGAUGAUACUUUUACUUUUUUUUUAUCUGAAAUACUCUUUACCCAAUCUUCUUUGUAUGCCAUCUUUUUCGUUAAUUAUAAUUCCGUACUGUUUCUGGACUGCUAGAAUAUGGCCUGUGGCCGUCCUAAAGUGCCAAUAUAUGCCUGCAGGGUUUUUGAAAAAAUGGUCUAGAGUGACACACUUGAUGAUCACUAAUAUUCAUUGCAUCAGCAUCACAGUCCAGCUCCCUUGCUUGUCCACAGUUCAUGCCAACAAAGAACGGAAAAUUCACUGCAAAGCUCUCCUUCAGAGAUGACUGGCGUUCCGCUAGUGCCUGUAGCACUGGAGUGUUGAGUGUUUUCACCUCCAGUGCAAGUAUCCACGUGUUUCUGGGCAACUGUUGUGCUCAGUGUCAUCCUGAGAUGGCGUCCCCCGCCGCCCAGAGUGUGGUCUCUGGCCACCUCCUUCUCCUGCUCUGCAAAGCCUCAGCUGGCUGGGCUGGAGCCAGGGGCUAGUCAAGGGUUGUGCGUGUGUGUGUGCAGGCACACUCGCACGCAUGCAAGUGCGGUUGCCAACUCAGGAUCUGUGUCCUCCCUGCCUGGCUGGUGAGAGGUGGGACAGAAAGAGUUCCCCCCUUCUGGCCUGAGCAAGGCCCACGAGGGACUGCCCUGGUUUACCGUGUUUCCAGGCCCCAUCGCCCCAUGGGUGGGGGCCUGUCGCCUUUGGAGGAGAACACUGGAUUAGGAGAAAUGUUGCCUUCACUUUUGCCAUUACCUGUGUCUGUCAGCCUCUGUUGGCAUAGAUCAGAAGCUGUUCUGGUGACUGGGGAAGAUCACUCCCAGGGUAACUUUCAGACAGUCUCAAACAGCCAUUUCCUAUUAGGGAAAUUGCAGGUAGUAGUUUUGGCAAAGCGUUGAUGGAAACAAAGAAAAGGUACAUUUUCAAUGGAAAAAAAAACACACUUGUACAAAGGAUUUUAUUUUUAAGUCAUAUUGAAAUAUUUCAGUACCUUGUAGCUACCAAGCACAUUGGUAGAUCUGAUUAGAAGGCACUGAUUAGAAGCCAGAGGAGAAGGGAGUUUUUCCAUUCAUUCAUUCAUCCUGACUGUUGAGGUGGGUGUGAUUGCUGGCCUUAGUGUGAACAUCUUUCGUUUGCUGACACACACUGUCAGUGCUCCUGUUAGAUGCCCUCCACGUGCCUAAGAAACUGCUGGGUGAAAGCCACCUGAGACCUGUACACUGGGUAUACAAGAUCCUAAUGUGUGUUCUAUUCGUCACUGUUACUUUAAAAAAAAAUGACAUAUCCACUGUCUGCAUGGCUUUGGCCAAGAGCUGUGGGUAAAAUUGGAAAAUAAUAUUUAGGUGGAGAAAAAAAAUAUUUAAAGCCCUAUCCUCCUUUGCGUGUUUUUCAACAAAUGGAAUGAAGGCUAAUCUAUUUGCUUUAUUUUCUUUGGUAAUCCUGACUUUUGUAGCUUUUACAGCAAGAAACCAUUGUUCUGAAGAAGCAGGCAACUCUUAACGUAUAAACACACAAGUUUAUUAAACAGUAUGCUGUAGAUGCUUCCCCCACUGUGUCUGGCAGUCUUUGUUGUUGUUAAUACUGGGGAUCAAGGGGCUAGGCUAGCAGUUCUGAUGUACCAUUCUUUAAGCAUAUUUUAAAAUAGUAUUUAAGUAAAUGGUCUAAUUUCUACAUAAUGAUUGCACUGAACUGUCUUUUGUUUUUUUAUGGUGUUUAAGCUCAGCUAAUUCAAGACACUGUAGCCAUCAGCGUGCUUGAAUUUAGUAGCUUUUACAGCAUUAUUUAUGAAGGAAAAAAUAUAAAUAUGAAGUACCUCAUGUUGAAUGUUAUUGUACUGUAUUUUUAAUGUAACAGUGCAGAUCUUGUUAGACACAUGAAUGUGUAUACUCAUGUUAAAUGCAAAUAAAACAAAACUGGUU